UCGCGAGAUCUGAGGCUUCCGGCGCUGCGCUGGCCCCGCUGCGCGCGCUCCCUCGCUCCCUCCCCCCCCACCUCACUUCCAUAACUCCAUCCCGCAUCGCUCCUUUCCCUCCUUCUUUUACACCCAGCUCGCGCUGCCAUGGAGGCGAAUGCGCCGAAACGCAAGGAAACGCGCAAGUCCCUGCGGAUUAAAGUGAUCUCCAUGGGCAACGCGGAGGUGGGCAAGAGCUGCAUUAUAAAGCGUUACUGUGAGAAAAGGUUCGUCCCCAAAUAUCUGGCGACAAUCGGUAUCGACUACGGUGUCACAAAAGUGCAGCUCAGAGACCGCGAGAUCAAGGUGAACAUCUUUGAUAUGGCAGGACACCCAUUCUUCUACGAGGUGAGGAACGAGUUCUACAAGGACACGCAGGGUGUCAUUUUGGUCUACGACGUUGGACAAAAGGAGUCUUUUGAUGCGCUGGACGCAUGGCUGGCUGAGAUGAAGCAGGAGCUGGGACCCCACGGAAACAUGGAGAAUGUUGUCUUUGUCGUCUGUGCAAACAAGAUUGACAGCACCAAGCACCGCAGCGUGGAUGAAAGUGAGGGGCGGCUCUGGGCAGAGAGCCGGGGCUUUCUUUACUUUGAGACAUCGGCACAAACAGGAGAAGGGAUCAACGAGAUGUUUCAGACGUUUUACUCUGCCAUCAUUGACCUGUGUGACAAUGGCGGGAAGCGUCCUCCUUCCAGCAUGGGGGUUGGCUUCACCAAAGAGCAGGCAGAUGCCAUUCGCAGGAUCCGCAACAGCAAGGACAGCUGGGACAUGCUAGGAGUCAAACCUGGAGCCACAAGGGAUGAAGUGAACAAAGCCUAUCGGAAACUGGCUGUGCUGCUCCAUCCCGACAAGUGUGUGGCUCCUGGCAGCGAGGACGCCUUCAAAGCAGUGGUGAAUGCCCGGACCGCACUUCUCAAGAACAUCAAAUAGAGAACAGAGCCACUCGGAGAUGGAAACCUUCCCCUUCUCCCAGCUAGCUCCCAGGCAGCCACGGGGCACCCCUGUCCUCCUCACGCUUAUCGCUGGCAUGGACACAGAGGCUCCCAGCACCAGCUGUGGGAGCAGGACUGCAUCUGACUGGGCUGGAAAGGUGAAAGAGGAGGGAGGAGGGACCUCAGAGCCCUCCCUGCAUCAUCGUCCCACAGUCAUGGUUGGUGUUAAGUGCUGAAAGCAGUGAAGUCCCCACCUUCCUGGCUGUAUCUCACCUCCUGGGAGUUACCAGGCGUGGAGGGAUUUGGAUGUGUGGCUCUAACCUGUGUUUACAGCAAGGGUGGAGCGGAAUAUGACCUGAAAGCUACUGCACUUGAAAGCAUUGGUGUUGUGAGUGGAGGAUGCCCAGGAGGGCAGUGGGUUGUCAGUCUUGGGUUAUCUGGAUGGCUGUUCCAGGGUGGUUCAGCACCCCAGGCAAAACUCACUUCUUCCAGCUGACACCCUGCAGUGCCGCUAUUGGCAGCGAGGAAAAGGUGGGGUUGCUUUAGGAAACCUCUCCAGUAUUGCCAGGAGAAACUGGCUCCCAGAGUGUCCUUGUCCUUGCCAAGAUGUUGUGGUGCCAAGAGUGAAACCUUGUUAGGAGUCAGGCUCUCCCCAGGCACCCAUCUUCUUAAAGCACUGAGUCUCCUGCCACCACUUCCUUCCAUCUCCCUGAGCUCCACUCAUUGAGAAGAGUCCCUGAGGCUGCAGGCCCUCAAGCUGUGUGCCCUCUCUCUCCCAGCCCUCUGGCUCACCCAGAGCUCUGGAAAGGUGGCACUGUCUCCUAUGGGUGGCCCUGGCUGAUUGCAGGCAGGAGGUGUGUACUGAGCCAGAGCGGUGAUGGCUGCCAGAAGGGACCUCAAGGCCCAUCCAGUUACAAUCCCCUGCCGUGGGCAGGGACACCUCCCACUGGAUCAGAUUGCUCAAAGACCAUCCAACCUCAUCUUGAACAUCUCCAGGGAUUGGGCAGCCACCGCUUCUCUGGGCAACCUGGGCCAGGGCCUCCCUACCCUUAAAGGAAAACAUUUCUUCCCAAAAUCUCAUCUCAAUCUCCCCUCUUUCAGCUUAAGGAGGCAGAGUGUUGAGGAGGGGAGAGGAACCCCAGAGCCCUCCUUGCAUCCUUAAGUGCUGAAAGCAGUGAGGUCCCCGCCUUCCUGGCUGCGUUCCGCCUUCUGAGAGUGGCCAAACGGGAGAUUUCUUGGGCUCCUUUCAUUUGCCAGGACCCAGUUUUAUUCCCUUGCUGCUGUUUGAGCUUGGCAGGGAAGGUUGGGACACAGCUACGACAUGAAAACCACUGAGCAUGUGCUUAUGCAUCCUUAUCCCACAGGUAUUCUGGUCUGAAAGGGUUUUCUUCUAUGGUUAGUGCAAUAUGUAUUAUUUUUUCACUUCAAGGCAGCUUUUCUGUGUUUCCUAUUCAAAAUAUAUCACAAACCAACAGUAGAACCCCCUCCUUUGCACUAAGGGACUUUAGAGCCAGUAUUGGUUUACUCUUAUUCUUACUCUAGGCAGAAGAAAUAAGCUGUCCUGGUGGGAAGCACUUUUUCCUCCUCUGGUGUAGAAAUAACCAAGGGGAGGUGUUGCUACAAGAAGUUAAUGUUUAAAAUCACUCCAUUUUUCCUCUCCCCGGGGCUGGGGGAGAUGAGGAGAUGAGCAGUGCAGGUGUUGGAGCUGUGCCAAGUUGCACUGGUGGGAUCUGGUUCCCCACAUUUUGUAAUGCUGUGAAGUUCACUGGAAAUCUCUCCACUUGUCCCGCAGGGGAAACCACUUAAUUCUCGCUUCAAACCUAUUUCUCUGCAUCUAUCUUCCAUUGAGGAGGCUAAAUAAUCUGUUGAUGAAUGGCACGGUUCACUUUGAGGGUGAGAACUUGGUGCCUGGAGUGGUCAAAGGCUUCCUCAGUUCCUGCAGCUGUGGGGCUGUUGUGCCAUGCACAGUCCCUCCUGUUUGCACUUCAGGUGACUCCGGUUGCAGUCUUUGGGUUUUUCCUGUCUGUUUGCGGAUGUUUGGAGACGAUGAUGCACGCAUGUCACGUCUAGCAAUGCCAGUGACCUCCUAGGUUGUGUUAUUUUUAUGAAUUAAACUCCUCCUGUGGAACAGAGGGAGUCCUGUGAGCUGUCCUCCUGCCGCCGCCUCCUCCUGUUAAUGUUUAAUCGCCCUUUGACUCAUUCCUUUCCUCUCCAGCCGGGUCUGGCUGGGGCUGGUGAGGAAGAGCUGCCCUCCAGGGGCAUGAUGGAGGUUGUGAAUCAACAAAUCAACACUACUGGAUAAGGGAUGGAGGCAAGAGUGCAGCCCUGGAGAUGCAAUGUGGGAUGCACCCAGCUGCAGUGGAGCCUGGCUCUGGUCAGGGGAAUCACAGGCAGAGGAAUGGCUCCAUUGUUGCUCCUUGUCCUCACGGGUCAGCCCCGGUUGUGUGCUUCCUCUGUCCCAUCUCCAUCAGCUCCAGCAAGGCUCCCACUGUCCAGACUGCCUAACCUGCAAGUCUCGUGUCCUGCUGUUGGAGUGUCCAUCCUGUGACAAAGGCUCCAUCAUAUGAAUCCCAAACAAAAGGACUUUGGAUUCUGCAUCCAGGAGCUGUCUCUGAAGAUCUCUGGGAAGAGGACAUCUCUCUCGAUGUGCCUAGAGGCUCUGCCCUGCCUGCACCCUGCCUACCUCCCAUUCAUGUCAGGAUCCAUGCAGACAGCCACGCUCUGCUCCUUGCUGCUGCUCCAGGCUCCCACACCCUUUCCCAUGCCCAGGCAGGGCCCUGGUAACCUACACUCCCCUGAGGCGAGGCUGCACAGACUGGUACUGUGUCCCUUUGCUGGCCUUCAGGCUCAGUUUGCUGCCUUCCGGAUCAGUUUUCUUGGCCUUCGGGCCCGUUCUUCUGGCCUCAAGGACUAUUUUGCUGGCUUUCAGGCCAGUUUUUGUGACCUUCAGGCCCAUUUUGCUGGCCUUUGACCAGUUUUGCUGGCCUUUGGGCCUAUUUUGCUGGCCUUCAGGCCAGUUUUACUGGCUUUCCACCCAAUUUUGCUGGCCUCUAGACCAGUUAACCUUCCCAUCCGAGGUGCCUGUCUGACCCUUGUUCCUAACUAGGAGACAUUGAGACACAUCCCACCGCAGAUGGCCAGGGCUUAUGUCCAUGUCCCGUGCUGGCCAACGCUGGUCAGCCCAAGCCGCUGGCUUGCCGCAGCAGGAUGGGGAUAACCUGGAGCACACCUGAAGCCUCUAGGAAGCUGUGGCUUUGGUGCUCUCAUUUUGAUAUUAAUUACUGCACAGGGGCAAUUAGUGCUGGCAAAGCAGCCGAGAUGGCCUCUUGUUAUUGCUGCUGGAACAAAGACACACGGGAGCAUGGUGCCUUCAGCCAUAGAGCAGCUCCAUGGGCUGAUUCUCCUGGCUAUUCAGAUCUCACAGCACGAUCUCACAUCUCCAUCAGCUCUGAACCACAGCUGGUUUUCCCGACACAGGGAUACGAGGGGAGAGCAGGCGGUGGCUGAAACAUGGAGAAGAAGAGGAAAAACUUUCUGAAAAGGUUUCAAUGGGCUGGUGGUGAGGUUGUGUGUGUGGGGCGAUUUGGGCAA